GAUAUGACCUCGACCACCACAUGACUGUCACAUGACCAAGGAGUCUGUCGUGAACCUGAUGUGCUUUAUUUCGACUUGUUCCCGUGCUUAUCAGCAAACCUGUCCCAGCCCGGAUUGCGUCACUACGUCACACUGUCGCCGUUGGAGAGGCCGUGUCAGGACACAAGAUGGCAGCCGCCAGAAAGCUGGAGAGUUUGAAUGAGAACUUUUUGACCUGUUCCAUAUGUACGGAGGGAUACAAAGACCCCUGUACUCUGACCUGUGGACACACCUUCUGUAAGGGCUGCCUGGGGAAAUUCCUGAAGACCAGACAAGACGCCAUCAGAGCCAAGUCCAUCCCGUGUCCCUACUGUCGUCAGAUGACCCAAGCUCCCCAGCCUGACAGACCAGUGGAGGAGUGGGUGAACCAGAUCAAACCCAGUUUCCUCAUACAGGGACUUCUGGACACUCUAGCCUGUGGGGGAAAUACUGAUCAUGGUUUAUCCAUGACUUGUUCAGAUACAGAAAACCGCUGCCAUCCCUGCCAGGACCUUGGAGACAGUCAAUCGGCCAACUCCUACUGUCAAGACUGUGAUGUGCCGCUCUGUGAGAGAUGUGUGAAGAUGCAUGCAUCUCUUCCUGGUACGUCAAACCACGUAAUUGCUGACCUUGGUGGAGCAGUGAAGGUCACUAGACCACAAAGGUGCUCGGAACACAACGAAGUCAUGGAUUUCUGCUGCAGAGACUGUAAUAGAGCAAUAUGCCACAAGUGUUGUGUCACAUACCACAGGAAAUGCGACUCUGUGGUCACUAUUCAGUCCAUGAUGUCUGAGAUGAGAAGUGUUCUUACACACAAUAAGGGAUUGAUUACACAGAGCUUUGGCGACACGUACAGAUCACUUCAACAACACAAAUCACAGAUUGAUGCGAUAAACCACAACAAAGACAAAUUAAAUUCACAGAUCCGACAGGCCUCACAGAAAGCCAUGGACGUGAUUAAACAGAAGGAGAAAGAGCUGCUGGAGGAGCUGAAUGAGAUGACAGAGAAGCAGUCUGGACAACUGAGGGGGCGGAUAAAGUCAGGGGAAAUAGACAUGCAGAUGUAUCAACAACACAUAGAGUACAUCACCCAGGUGUUGAAGUCUGGGAGUGAGACUGACAUGUUUGACAUUUACCAGAUGUGUCAGUGUGGGGCAAUCAAAGAGGCAACAGACAGGGAUGUCACUUUCACAGGUAAUGUUCCUGAUUCAAAACUUAUAUUUGUGAGUGAAAUAGAUGAGAGGAAAUUACAUAAGGAUGUAAAACUUGGUAGAAUUCAACAGAACGUUUGUGACGUCAUGGAUACGCAACUUGAUAAAAUACAGAGUGGCACAUUUGACGCCAUGUGCAGACCGGUGUUACACAAGACAGUCGGCAUCAAGGUCAAUGGCGACAGGAAGCAGCCGGAUCCUUGUGACGUCACAGUCCUGGUUGUUGAUGGUGAGGAGACACUGGUGUUCACUGACCGCAACAGUACAUGUCUGAAAUCCUUCUACACAAAGAAUAACAAAUCACGACACAGUAAACUGGAUCUUGCAAGUAACCCAAGCUCUGUGACGAGGCUGAGGGACAACCAGGUGGCUGUAUCAUUCUGGUCACACAAUGAGAUUGUAAUAGUACGGGUGACCCCUGACCUUGUACUACUGUCACGUGUCACAACAAAGAAGAAGUACAAAUGCCUAACAGCCUUGAGUCCUUCAACAUUAGCAGCAGGUUUUUGGGAUCCUCCCUGUGUUGACAUCCUGGAUGUAUCAGGGAGAGUGAUUAGGUCAGUCAGUAGAUUCGAUUCUGGGAAGAGCCUGAUAGAUGACCCUGGGUACCUCUGUGCUACAGACAGGGGCAACAUCCUGGUGUCAGAUGCUGGCUCACAGUCUGUCUACUGUAUCACACCAGAGGGAGAUUUUGUGUUCACCUACACCCCUACAGGAGAGAGGAGACUGGGUGGACCACGAGGUAUCACAACUACCAGCACAGGACACAUCCUGGUGGCGGACUACUUGGCACACAAGGUGGUACUACUGACAGCAGCAGGGGAGUUUGUCAGAGACCUGCUGACGUCACAGGAUGGACUACAGUAUCCAUGCGGCUUGAUGUUCUGUGACAGUAAACUGUAUGUAGUGGAAUAUUAUGGAGAUGCUGUUAAGGUAUUCAACUGCAGUAUUCCCCAGGGAGACGCCAGGAAGCAAAACAUACUCGGAUCACGUCGCGGGGAAAUUUUUAUGAUGAAAAUUUAGCAAUAUGCCCUAAAUGAACAGUUUGUUUUGUGUAAAAUACCCCAAACGCCAAACACAUUUGAACAUAGAUUACAGUGCAUGAGUGAAUAUGAUAAUACGCCGCUUUUAGCAGUAUUCGGGCAAUACCCUUACCACAUCGGGGGCACAUUGAACAACCGAACCUGGGACAUUGGCAGGACGAGCGAACGUUUGUUUCCGCAUACACACGACAAGCACAUAAUGAAUUAUUAGAUUAGUUGAAGUGGCUAUUUUCGGUUUAAAGUGGGGAGAAGACAAAAAUUAUGCAGGUCGUAGACGUUUACAACUUUGGGGAAACCCACGAGCACGGAAACGGUGCUGACAAACCUAGAUAAUUAAUCAGGGUCAGUCUGGGAUUCAAACCCACAACUGUAGGUGCCUAUCACGUCUAACGGACGCAAUUACGCAAUCAAAUCUCGGCGCCACAGGGUACCACAUACAUUCUGUGAGGCAAAGGAAUUUAACCCAAAUUAUGUACUUACACGUUCACUUACGUUAUCCAGCAAGACCGUUUACUAACGUUUCUAUCAGUAUCUCUCGCUGAUAAUACUUUUACUAAUGCUUGAGACAUCCACCAAACUACACUAUAAACAUGUAGUAUGUAUUUAAUGACUUUAGAAAAUGUAUGUAUUAUUUUACUCUACAGCUACAUUUCAAGGUUAGGUGGGUUUUAAUAUAAUUUAUAUGUUUUAAUAAUGUUUCAAGAAUUGUCUCGUAAGCUUUACCAGACUGGAUAUUGUACAUUUUAUUGUUUGAAAAAAAUGUUAUAGUUUUAUUAUGUACAAUAUGUGACACUAUAAUAAAAUACAGCUUAUCUUAUCUUAUCUUACAUUUACUA